CGGCAGCACACCACCAUCAGUGGCUUCUUCAGUCAUUACUUUGUUAUUAAACUGUGCAGAAUCAAGACCUGAGUAUUAUUAUAAAAUGUCAUUUUUCUUAACAUUGCGGAAGUGCAUCUUAGCUUUACUUUUUUUAUCUGUGACAUUGUUUUUUAACAUUGGGUCUGCAGAUGGGAUAUCAAAACGUCUUUUGAAGCGAUCCAGAUACUGUCGCAACUAUCCAGAGUCAAUGCCACCAUAUCGACUUCAUCGUGAGACUGGGCGAUGCUAUCAAGUCGGAGAAAGCGGACCUUGCCCUCCGUUAAUGAAGUUCACUCUGGAAGAUGAUACUUUUGGAGUCUGUGACUGCGACUUGUCUCAAAGGUGUGGACGACCAUUAAUCUUUUGGCCAUCAAGAAACAGAUGUUAUCGAGUUUAUGAACAGGGACCAUGCCGAGACGGCAAAUGGUUGGUUUUCGGUUUUGACCUGGAACCAGUGUGUAAAAAGAACGUGUGCGAGGAAGACGAGCAGAGACACCCUUCAACGACGUCAAGAUAUUGGUUCAAUAUUAACCAAACCUGUUACCGCACCAAUUCACGAGGUUAUUGUUCAGAUGCUGAUGACAUGCUAUUCAACGUGAACCAUCAUUAUCGCCCAACUUGUCAGAAGUCUGUGGAUUGUGGAGAAAUAAAUACUAUGCAGACUUCAAAGUGCUUGCCAGGUCAACGGUUGGAUGUUCUCGGUCAAUGUAAACGUAGAUUUAUCGCCUUGAGAAAUACCAGCAAACCCCUUCAAAUUCAUGUUACAAAAAAACCAACCAACAUUUACUGUCUAUUUUGUGAUGAAAAGAAACCUCAACACUAUAAAAUUUAAGAGAUGCAAAAAAAACUAAAUAAAUAAUUUAUUAUGCUUACAUAGACGAAUCGAGCAUUUAUCGAACGCCUAAAUCGAUACGGUUCAAUGUUAUAAAGUUUAUAAUUGAACAACUAAAUAAAGUGAGACGCGUGUAUUAUUAUUGCCGAAAAUAUUGUUGCUCAUACUUAAAAAG